ACCCGUGUGACAGUAACUGAACAUUGGUCACAAGUCUUUCCAAAAGGUCAAGGUUCACAAGAACGUCUGAUCAAAUUCAUGACCAUGGGGGAUAUGAAGACCCCAGACUUCGAUGACCUCCUGGCAGCCUUCGACAUCCCAGAUAUGGUGGAUCCUAAAGCAGCGAUUGAGUCCGGGCAUGAUGACCACGAGAGCCACAUCAAACAGAACACCCAUGUUGAUGACGACUCCCACACACCCUCCUCUUCCGACGUGGGUGUCAGUGUUAUCGUUAAGAACGUUCGGAACAUUGACUCCUCCGAGGGUGUGGAGAAAGACAGCCAUAACUCCACAGGCAACGGCUUACACAAUGGGUUCCUCUCAGUGUCUUCUCUUGACAGUUACGGUAAAGACGGAACCAAGUCUUUGAAAGGAGAUGUGCCUACCUCAGAGGUGACUUUAAAAGAUUCGACAUUCAGCCAGUUUAGCCCCAUCUCAAGUGCUGAGGAGUUUGACGAUGAUGAGAAAAUAGAGGUGGACGACCCCCCAGAAAAGGGGGAAAUGCGCACCAAUUUUAGAUCCAAUGUGUUGACGGGAUCCGUUUCCCAGCAGGACUAUGACAAACUCAAGGCACUUGGAGGGGAAAAUGUAAGCAAAAUGGGAAUCUCUGCUUCAGGCAAUAUAGAGAAAAACAAAGUUGUUAAAAGAGAAUCAGAAACCAAUUCCAUAAAUCUGAGUGUUUACGAACCUUUUAAAGUCAGAAAAGUGGAGGAUAAACUGAAGGAAAACUCUGAGAAGGUGCUUGACAACCAGAAGGUACUAGAUGGGAAGCUGGGCUCCGAGAAAAGUGACAGCAACCUGGCCGUCGGGGUCGCCCUGUCAAAGACCAAGUCGUCCUCCAAACUCUCAUCAUGCAUAGCCGCAAUUGCAGCACUUAGCGCUAAGAAGGCGGCUUCAGAUUCUUGUAAAGAACUGGUGGCCCACUGCGGGGAGUCCUCUCCAUUAGCAAAAGAAGUCAGUGAUAGUCCCGUAGCCGUGGAGAAGUCUCCAGAGUCGCAGAGUCUCAUCGAUGGGGUGAAGAAAGCAGCCCUAAAGCAACCUGACAGCCCCAGGAGCGUGUCCAGUGAAAACAGCAGCAAGGGCUCACCGUCCUCUCCCGCAGGGUCCACACCAGCCAUCCCCAAAGUCCGCAUAAAAACCAUUAAAACGUCCUCUGGGGAAAUUAAGAGAACAGUGACCAGAGUACUGCCGGAAGUCGACCUCGACGCUCGAAAGCCUUCGGAGCAGACGAGCUCUGUCAUGACGUCCCUUCUGUCGUCUCCAACCUCGGCCGCUGUCCUCUCCUCUCCUCCCAGGGCGCCUCUCCAGUCGGCGGUCGUUUCUAAUGCUGUCUCCCCUGUGGAGCUGACACCUAAGCAGGUCACUAUUAAGCCCGUGGCCACUGCCUUCCUCCCUGUUUCUGCCGUGAAGACGGCAGGGUCUCAAGUCAUCAAUCUGAAGCUGGCUAACAACACAACGGUGAAAGCCACGGUCAUAUCUGCGGCCUCUGUUCAGAGUGCCAGCAGUGCCAUCAUCAAAGCUGCCAACGCCAUCCAGCAGCAAACCGUUGUGGUGCCAGCAUCCAGCCUGGCCAACGCCAAACUCGUGCCAAAGACUGUGCACCUUGCCAACCUUAACCUCCUGCCUCAGGGUGCCCAGGCCACCUCUGAACUCCGCCAAGUGCUAACCAAACCUCAGCAACAAAUCAAGCAGGCAAUAAUCAAUGCAGCAACCUCGCAACCACCCAAAAAGGUGUCUCGGGUCCAGGUGGUGUCGUCCCUGCAGAGUUCCGUGGUGGAAGCUUUCAACAAGGUGCUGAGCAGUGUCAAUCCAGUGCCAGUUUACAUCCCCAACCUCAGUCCUCCUGCCAACGCAGGCAUCACGUUACCGACGCGUGGUUACAAAUGCUUGGAAUGUGGAGACUCCUUUGCGCUAGAAAAGAGCCUCACCCAACACUACGACAGACGGAGCGUGCGCAUCGAAGUGACGUGUAACCACUGCACAAAGAACCUCGUUUUUUACAACAAGUGCAGCCUCCUGUCCCAUGCCCGUGGGCACAAGGAGAAAGGUGUCGUGAUGCAGUGCUCCCAUUUGAUUCUAAAGCCAGUCCCAGCUGAUCAAAUGAUCGCUUCCCCACCAAGCAAUACUUCCACUUCUGCUUCCAGUCUGCAGAACUCAGUGGGAGCUGGCACACACACGGGAACAAAAAUCCAGUCUGGCAUCACUGGGACAGUCAUAUCUGCUCCUUCCAGCACUCCCAUCAUUCCAGCUAUGCCUCUUGACGAAGACCCGUCCAAAUUCUGUAGACAUAGUCUAAAAUGUUUGGAGUGUAAUGAAGUUUUCCAGGACGAGACGUCUCUUGCUACCCAUUUUCAGCAGGCAGCAGAUACAAGUGGACAAAAGACGUGCACCAUCUGUCAGAUGCUGCUUCCCAACCAGUGCAGCUUUGCAUCCCACCAGAGAAUCCAUCAGCACAAGUCUCCCUACACUUGCCCCGAGUGUGGGGCCAUCUGCAGGUCGGUGCACUUUCAGACCCACGUCACCAAGAACUGUCUGCACUACACAAGGAGAGUUGGUUUUCGGUGUGUGCACUGCAACGUUGUGUACUCGGACGUGGCUGCCCUGAAGUCCCACAUCCAAGGUUCUCACUGCGAAGUCUUCUACAAAUGUCCCAUCUGUCCAAUGGCAUUUAAGUCCGCCCCAAGUACACAUUCCCAUGCCUACACACAGCACCCCGGCAUCAAGAUAGGAGAACCCAAAAUCAUCUAUAAAUGUUCCAUGUGUGACACCGUAUUCACCCUGCAAACCUUGCUGUAUCGCCACUUUGACCAACACAUUGAAAACCAGAAGGUGUCUGUGUUCAAGUGUCCAGACUGUUCUCUCUUAUAUGCACAGAAGCAACUCAUGAUGGACCAUAUCAAGUCGAUGCAUGGAACAUUGAAAAGUAUUGAAGGACCUCCAAACUUGGGUAUAAACUUGCCUUUGAGCAUUAAACCUGCAACUCAAAACUCAGCAAAUCAAAACAAAGAAGACACCAAGAUCAUGAAUGGGAAAGAGAAGUUGGAAAAGAAAUCUCCAUCUCCCGUGAAGAAAUCCAUGGAGCCCAAGAAAGUGGCUAGUCCUGGGUGGACGUGUUGGGAGUGCGACCGGCUAUUCACGCAGAGAGAUGUUUACAUAUCACACGUGAGGAAGGAACACGGGAAGCAAAUGAAGAAACACCCGUGCCGCCAGUGUGACAAGUCUUUCAGCUCCUCCCACAGCCUGUGCCGCCACAAUCGGAUCAAGCACAAAGGCAUUAGGAAAGUGUAUACCUGCUCGCACUGCCCGGACUCCAGGUGCACUUUCAGUAAGCGCUUGAUGCUGGAGAAACACAUCCAGCUGAUGCACGGCAUCAAGGACCCUGACGUAAAAGAAAUGACUGAAGGCACCAACGAGGAGGAAUCAGACGUUAAGGAGGAUGCCAAGGCCCCCAGUCCAAAGCGGAAGUUGGAAGAACCCGUCUUAGAGUUCAGACCGCCUCGUGGAGCCAUCACUCAGCCGCUGAAAAAGUUGAAGAUCAAUGUCUUCAAAGUCCACAAAUGUGCUGUGUGUGGUUUCACCACAGAGAAUCUCCUGCAGUUUCACGAACACAUCCCACAGCACAAGUCCGACGGCUCCUCUUACCAGUGCCGGGAAUGCGGGCUCUGCUACACGUCCAAUGUCUCCCUGUCCCGGCACCUCUUCAUCGUGCACAAGCUGAAGGAGGUACAGCCAGUGUCCAAGCAGAACGGAGCCGGAGACGAGGGUCAGCAGAGUAAACCCAGCGCCGAGGACAACACGGCCGAGGGCACAGAGUCCGACAGGAAGUGCAAAGUGUGCGCCAAAGCUUUUGAAACGGAAGCUGCCUUAAAUACUCACAUGCGGACCCAUGGCAUGGCCUUCAUCAAAUCCAAAAGAAUGAGUUCCGCCGAGAAAUAG